ACUAACUGAAUGAAACGAUUUUGAGAGGCAGAAUUCGGAGCUUGGCGAAAUAGAGAGAGAGAAAUGGAUAGCAAUGUGAGACAAGAACGAAGGAGGAAAAUCGUGGAAAGAGGGGGUGAUCGCUUGGCUCUCAUCACCGGCCAGGUCCAAACUCUCAGUAGAUCGCCGUCGUCACCAUCUCCAGCUACUCAACGUCAACGUCAUGCACACACAGGAUCUUCCCCAUCAAUUGUCUUCGCUACUGUUGAUAAUGCUCAAAUCAAUGCUGGUCCUGAGGAAAAAGAUGAUGAUUCUGAUUCCAUGUUCACGAAGGUCAGCACCAUGAAUAAGUAUCCAGGGGCCAGAAACUUCCAUAAAGGGAACGAAGCGAAACCUCGCUCGGUGAAAUUUUUGACAAAUCCCGACCCCCUGACCAAAUUGCAGGAGCAGGAUUCGGAGAUCACAUCAUCAGUUCAAAAGGCAUCGACUCAUUCCAAUUUUUUCUCUUCCAAACAGAUUAAUACCUGCAUUAUAGCUUCUGAGAGAACGCGAGUUACUUGUUCUCUUAUUAUAGCUUCUUUAGUGAUUAUAUCUUACAUUGAUUAUCAACUGUUUGGAUUUGACAUCGUGAGUUCAGAGAGCUUCAUUGCCAGGCCUUUCUAUAUAAUUCUGCUAACUGAUGUAACCAUUGUGCUUUCUCAAUUGUUUCUGGAAAAUGCAAGAGACUGUGAUGAGGUUGAGAAAGAAAUAAAUGCAGCUCAGGAGGACGAAGAUAACUUGGCUGGAGCGGUCAAUCUCUUGGAGAGAGGUUUGGUCCUGUACCAGGCCAUUCGUGGCUUCUUCAUUGAUUGCAGUAUUUAUGUGGUUGUGGUCAUCUGUGGCCUCUCUCUAGUGUAGCUUUGUCUACAAAUAAAUAGUUUUCUAGGCACUGCAGCCAGAAAAUAACUUUUGUUGACUUACCUCUUUUCAUUUAUAUAUUUUCUCGCUUUUGAAGAAUAUUACAUUUUCUUUGGUGAUAGCUUUCCCUAAUCUCUGUCUAUUUUGCAUUGCAAAUAAGAUAAUCUAAUUCAUAAGCAAUUAGCAUUUGCUUAUCUUGGUUUGCAGGUAAAGUAAUAUGGCUGUGUUGCAAGUCAUAACUUUAGAGGUUGUAAGUUCAAAUAUUGAAGUAAAUACUGGUGUCUUUCCGUUUAAUGAUCUUUU